AUGGCUUGCGUACACUUCGCGGCGUGUGCAGCUAUUCUCUGCAUCAGCGCUCAGAGCUUCAUAAUUGAUCCGUCGACACAUGUUUCCCGCUGCCAGGCUGCCCGUUUAUCACGCAGGGAGACUGAGCUACCAUCGAAAGCAAGACAAGACGCUCUACCACUACCCAUCUCCAUGGCAGUAUUACGCGAUGUGCAAUUGGAGAGGGCGGUGGAGGUAGUUUGUGCUCUGUACGAGGAGGGAUUCAAUAUGAUCUCGGUCACCGCAGACACGAAGAGUUUCAGCAAGAUACUCCGGUCCAUCCCCAGAAGUUUCUUUCCAGACUUGCUUCUUGGUGCAUCAUCCGUCACGACCCUGGACGAGGUGGACGUGGCCUUUGCUUGCGCGGUAAAUUUUGUAAGCAGCACUUCCUGCGAUCCUGCAAUUGUGAAGCGAACGAGGGAUCUGGGCAUGGUAAGCAUACCAGGAGUAUCGACUCCUGCCCAGGCAGCAUCGGCAGUCCAAGCCGGGGGGAGUAUACUGAAAGUGUAUCCGGCUACCAACGUCUCGCCAAAUCAGUGUCGAGAUAUUGUAAAGUCGAUCAAGACGUCGAACAUCCCGGUGGUGAUCAGCGGAGGCGUUGAACCUGACCAAUUACAAGCGUACUUCAAGUCCGGCGCAUCCGGGUUUGCUGUCGGUCGAACGCUGUUUGAGCCUGAGAAAAGCUCAGCCGAAAUUGCAGACAGAGCCCGAUACUUCUUGCUUUCGUGGCCUCAAAGGAGUGGACGGCAUCGCCACGUAGUCGAAUCGGAGGAUGCUGGAACCGUCUAGUCACGACCCGAGCACGUAAAAUCACGACGGGGAUUCAAGACAAAGGGUCACGCACGGUUGUGGCAGAGGCGUGUCAUGUGGCAGCACAACACGCCGUGCCCGGUUACCAUUUCCCGAGUCCUUUUUUUCCGUUUGGCAAGGAGGCAGUGGUGAGUGGUACGCGGAUACCGGCUUGUGGGGUCUCGUCGUGGUUGUACCUAGGAGAGACCCCGCCAAGGUCGCUCUUCAUUCCUCGUGACUGGAAGGCAUCGGCGCAACCGAGACCCUGGAGAUUGGAGCCCGAGCGAGCCACCCCAGAGGACAACAAAGUUGGACGUGGAAUAUUUUUUGGUGUGCGUUGUACGACAAGUCGGGCGUGUAAUCUAUGGAUGGAUGGAGCUUGUCUCAAAGCCGAUGGUAGGCAUGCAAGGCAAAAUCGAGUUUCGGCAGUCCGAGGCUGUGUAUCGAAGGCCCGACCACCAGUCGGCAACGGGCGGGAAUCGUGGGCAGGAAUGCGAUUCGACGGUGAGGGUCGUUCGUGUCCGAAUCAGUGUGCGUUAAUGACCCUCCGCGGUUGGAGAGCUCAUGUUUUAUCCCACACAAUCGUUGUGUGGGUAAUCGGGAGUACGAAGAGGACACGUUGGAAUGAGGCAUGCAUAUCAUAGACCGGUUAGGAAGUCGACAGGCGGUCUUGCGUACAGUCAUGCCGGCAUUUGUUGCAUAUUUGGUAUUUUUUAUCCUGUUUUUUACCCUUGCGAGAUGGAAAAAUGAACAUAGGUACCAGUAGGUUGCUUUGCGGGUGUAUAUCCACCGAUAGUGUGGGAGGAUACGUGCGGUGGUAGUUUGCAAAAUACGUACACUGGUGCAACUGAUACGGGUGCCUGCCCCGUAGUCACAGGUCGUCUUUUUUUGAGUUGCCCAGGAGCUCGACCGAUGGAGACAAGAGGACAAGGAGACGCUCCACUCAUGUAUAGUGGGAACGUGGGGAGCCCCCUACACUAGGACACCAAGGUCUGUACAAAUGUAUUCAAGUUGAGU